AUGCCAAAGAAGAACUCAAAGAAAGUUGCUCUUGAAGAAAGCCAAUUUGCCAAUUUAUUAGCAAGUGUAAGUUUAUUUUAUUUUUUAUCUAGAAAAUAUAUAUCAUUCUGAAAAUGUUUAGGUUCUGCCUGCUGGUAUGCAACUCGAUGCAUCUGUAAUGGCUGCACUUCAGCAAGCCACAAAUCAAGAAUUGAAUCAAGUUUUGACACAAAAAGCUGCUGAAAUUGCCAAAACUCCGACAACAUCAGGCCAGGAAAAUUCUCAACAACAGCAACAAUAA